AUGGCUAUGGCAUCCGCCAUGCUUCAAAACGAGCAACAGCGCGCGGCGCUGGCUAUCUCCAAGCUCGGGGGCCGAGCACGAGAAUGGGCACUAACGUGCGGUGCUUCGGUUGAAGCGCCGUUUCCCACCUGGAAGCAGCUGAAGCGUCAGCUUUUGCGAAUGUUCUCGCCGCCUAAUCAGGUAUAUUGCGUGACGACGCGUUUCCUUGCUGCCCGACAGGGCAAAAAGGAGUAUGUGGACUUUGUACAAGAGUUGAGAACUCUCAUUGCCGAGAUGGCAGCAGACGUUACCAAGUGCCGAGGUGGUGGUGCCAAGCGCAGUUUGAAAAUUAAUCACGCCGAGCUUUGCGAUCAAUGCCAACAACAGCAAAUAAAGAAUCGUAACCAACAAAUCUCGCAGACUUCACUCUUUCAGCAGGCUGCUUGUACCGGAAGACCAAGGCGACAAUUAAGACGACCUCAAAAAUUCACAGAGCGCCACAUCCACAGCUAUCACGACAUCAGUAGCUGCAAUCACGUGCCAUUGGCAUAUCCCAAUGAUCGUCACGUUUUUUUAGAUUGUUGCACUGGCUUAGGAAUGGGGAAGCACGACCUCACUAUAGCCGGAGCAAAUGUAUUAAAGUCAUCCGGCUCCAGAAAGUGUGAAAGUUGGAGUUUUUACUCUGGAGGCCUUGCGCACCUUGCCACCAAUUCUAGAUUGGUAGAUUUGCCCCACAAUCAAAGACAUGAUCUCGUUUAA